AUUCGAUUUGACGCUCUAAUAGAUCAGCGGGUUCUAUUUUUUGACCACUCAUUCUGUUUUCCUUUUUCUCAUUUCUUUACGCUCAUCUCUCGUUCCUCGUUCCUGCUUGCAUCUACAUUCUCAAUGAACACCGCCGACACAUUCCCCACUUCCCAGCCAGCAGCAGCAGCUGAUCGCCCAACGGGCCUGAGCGCCGACCCUGCAUUUGAAUCCCUGGUCGAGUCCUCCAAGGCACUCCUCGAGGCACUUCAGACAUGGCUUUCCGCCAACUUGCAUCCGAAUAAGAGUUCUCACCAAGAUGAACCCUCCUCUUCCCCGAACCCUACACAGGGAAUCCCCAAAGACCAGCAUCAACAGCGCCAUGCUGAACUCCUUCGCGACUUUGACAGGGCAUGGACCAGCUACUACAAUUUCUUUGAAGCAUGGAAGGACAAGGAUGCCAAACGACUGUUGCAGACACUAUUGGAUCACGCCCAGCAGAUCGAAUCUCUAUGGCGCACAGUCCAGGGCGAUUCCUCGGCUCGCCUCGAAUGGGAACCUAGAAUCGAGGAGCAGCGCAGAGAUCUUCGAGCAAAAGCAGGUCAAUUGGCAGGACCGGAGGGCGCAGCCAGAUUGGACGCUGUUUUUGCAAAUUUUGUGAACACAACAGCGCCAGACACGGCAUCAAACGCUCUAUCCUCAAAUAACAAUCCGGACUCAAUUGAAUCAAUAUCAGCAGCACCGCCAUCUACCACAUCCUCCACAGGAGCCAACCACGUGGUUAAGAAGCGACAGAGAGUUGUUUCCGUUUCUAGUUCGGAUUCUGAGAUAGCUUCAACGGAACAUGUCAGCACUAGUAAUGACAUUCAGACUCUCCCGGAACCGGCCCCUGCAGAAUCAACAUCGAUGGCAAACAAAAACAAAUCAGCCGCGGAUCAGAAACCGAAGGCGAAGAAGCCCGCCGUCUCGAAGCCCGCCGCCACCGGUAGUAAUGCCGCUGCCAAGGAGGAGACUUCAUCUGGAUCGCAAGACAUCUUAAGCGCAGUGCCGGUAGGAUUGAAGAAGCCAAGCAAGUGGACAAACCUUCAACUGAUUCAUGAGUUGGCUCUCGAUACUGAAUUCAAAAUCGAACCCCGCCGACCACUUGAUGCUCCAGGUUCAUCAUCAUCAUCGGGACAAGGAAAAGACAAGAACACAGCAGAUGCACCACAGGUCUCACAAAGUCUGGAGGCGCAGGUCCGAGCGAUGGCGACAAAGGCAUACUUUGACAAGAUCCGUGAAGACGCUCAGCAAGGAAAUUUGGGCAAGUGGAUCCCAUCCUUAUUGACGACGAUUCGCGAGCAGUUGUUGGAUAUGAUCCCUGCCGAGUCAGCUAUGGCCGUCCAAGUGUCUGAGUCGUUCGAUCUGGAGUUUGUACAACAGCAAGUCGACAGGAAGGUGUAUGAUAUCAAGGGAGCGCUCGAGAGCGUAUUGACCUUGAUGAGUAGGCUAUGUGCGCCAGUGCGGGACCCCAAGGUCCGCCAGAUUCAGCAGGACUUGAGUCAAACGGUUAUACAGAACCCUUUCGAGCAAUCCUCAGUUGACACCUCGACUGCGGCUUCGGCUUACUCAGCAGCAUCUGCUUCGCUCAGGGAUCUUGUUUCGGUGUUGCAGGAUAUUCUUGAGCUCUUGGAGGUGAUGAUGUUGGAUAUGGCGAACUUCCGGCUGACGGUGGCCCGACCUAGGUUGGAAAAGCAGGCGAUUCCAUACGAGCAGGAGGCGUUCAGGAAAUCUUUGGACAAAGAUGAGGUAUCUUUAGACUCGACUCGGGCAUGGCUUCAGGAUACAGUUGUGAAUCAUCCCCAACCAGCCUCAACCUCAUUAGUCUCGACCAGCUCCACGUUCUUAUCACCGUCACCAUCCUCAUCAUCGACUCCGUCAGCGAUAUCUUCAGUCGAGGGUGGAGAACACGGAGAGGGGGCAAGCAGUGCCCAGAGUCACAGGACCAACAAUAGAUAUUACGAGGUUCUUGUUCAGGGCAUGCUCGAUCUCAUUUUUUCGAAGAGACAUUUCGAUCGCGAGGACCGAGACUACUUGCCUGCGACCCUGGCAUUAGAUCGGGAGCGUCUGAUGCGGUACCAGAACGAGGUGCAAGGACUGGCUCUGGUCGCGGUCAUGUUGAACGUCUCGCUGAAUGUUGCGCCCACGCUUAAGGACCAGGAGCAACAUGAGCUAAAGGAAACACUUCUGAAACUGAUUGAGAACCCCAGCACUUCGCAGGAACAGUUGACGGAGGCGAUCAUUGAGGCCAAGGAGAAGGCCCUACUCUUGGCGGCACGGGGACGUUCUAUUUCACCAUCGGCAUCGGCAUCGGCAUCGGCAUCCCACUUCUCGACUACAGCAACGACAUCUGCAGCACAAUUACUACUGUCGGAGGACCAAAAGAAAUAUAUCCGUCACACGCUCGUGCGCGCCAUUUCCUUUGAAAGUACCCUGUACACGGUCCUCUCACAGCGUGUCCGCCAGACGAUCGGAUACUUUAUGCUGACGACCAUCCCAAUCUCGACAACGAAUGCUGCGGGGGAACGACGAGCGGGGGCGAUGCUCGAUCGGGCGGAUCUGAAUAAGAUGGGAUUAGGCAGUCUAGCGAGCGAGCUUGAGGCCCUGGCGGUGCAGAUCCGGUUUUUGACAAAGUACAAUGCUCAGGUCUACAAACAAUGGUACGAUCCUAUGCUCACCACGAUUUUGUCGUCCUCUGUAGCCAGCUCUGCCGCGACCACAAUCUCAACCUCGAUCAAUGCAACCACAGAGACUACGACAGGCAGCCAGCAGCCAUAGAAAAUACAGCAAAGAGCGUACCAUACAUACAUUAUCGUCAUAAAGCUCUUUAUUAGGGGGUGGAGUUUAGAGGUGAUUUUGGUACAAGAACGUAAUGUUACAUGAAAAUGGAAGAAAGUAAAACGAAAAGAAAAUACAAAAAAGAGAUCAAGAGUAAGAAAUAUAUAAUGAAAGGAAAAAAAAAAA